UUAACUGUGGCACAGACAAAGGCGUUGCAUUAACUCUGGCACAGACAAAGGCGUUGCAGAAAUUAAACCAUACACAACCGUUCCGCGUCUUUACGCCUUCUUCAGCAACCUCCAUUGCCCAUUACAACCUCCAUCGCCGUUACAGCGUUACACCGUUACACCCAUUAGCUAUUCAACUUCCAUCGCCCUUUACGCUCAUGACAUUCCAGACGGAACGACUUCAAUGGGCUCCAGCCUCAUAUAUGCGGCACCAUAUAUAUUCGAAAAAGACAGCAGCAAUCGUCUUCAGCACCCAGAAAAGCAAAACGUUUUUAAUCGUCUCAAUCACCCACAAAAGCAGAACGUUUUCAAUCGUCUUCGUCACCCAGGAAAGAAAAACGUGGGAACCCAACAAUCUCGGCAACCCAGGUUCACGUAUACAGGAUAUUACAUGUGCUCUGGGUACUUCGUGUUUACAGCAUUGCAAUGGACAACAUCAUUGCCACCCAUGCUCGAAAUAGAAGACGCUUUGUUUUACAUGAAAAAAGAGCAGCUCACAAACUUAAAAAACAUGGAGAAUUAAUUGGCAUAAAUGCAAAAAAAGCAGGAAUGGUCCUGCAACCCAGCCCCAUUGGAAAAAACCGAUUUGUUGGAAACGUUGAAAAAACUGAUGCGAGUUUUAAAGCUAAAGAAGCUCGACAGAAAAGGUCAUUAGUUUUAAAGGGGAAAAAGGACAAUAAGAGGAAAGAUCAUGUGCAUUUAGUUGGCACAAGCGCUACUUGUCUAGAAUUAUCUAAAACCAUGGAACAACUAGCCAAUCCUGUGGUUCAUCGGAAAAGACAGAAAAAAAAUAAUAACAACAUGACAGGUACCCUUGAUAAACCUUGGAAUUUUGGCCGGCCUACCUGCAUUUGCAAAUAUUGUGGAGCAAUACUAUGGUUUCAAGAGAGGACAUUGAAAAGCAAAAUCGUUAAAGAUCCUAAGUUUUCUUUGUGUUGUAUGGAAGGUCGCGUACAGCUGCCUCUAUUGCACGAUCCUCCUUUAUUCUUGAAAAACUUGCUUAAUGGCGUAGAUCGACAAAAGACUAAACAUUACAUGCAAAAUAUUCGGAUGUACAAUGCUAUGUUUUCUUUUACUUCCAUGGGUGGCCGCAUAGAUUGUGACAUUAACAUGAAGCGUGGGCCUUUCAUUUUUAGACUUAAUGGACAGAAUUUUCACUUAAUUGGGUCAUUAGCUCCAACAGUGGGUAAAAAACCGUCCUUUGCUCAAUUAUAUAUUCAUGACACGGAGAAUGAAAUUCAAAAUCGGGUAACCCAUUUCAAAAACAAGGUCAAUGGCACAAGCGUAAUAGACUUAGAAAUCGUGGAAGGUUUUAAAAACAUGCUUGAUGACAAUAAUGUGUUGGUUAAAUCGUUUAGGAUGGCUCGAGACAUACAUUCAAAUGAUCAAAUAACACACGUGAAGUUACGACUGAUAAGAAAACGGUGCAGGGAUGGGAGACUGUACAACAUGCCUACUGCUUCAGAAGUUGCAGCAUUGUUAAUCGGUGAUUUCAGUGAGGAAAAUGUUGAGAGAGACAUCAUAGUGGAUCAUCUAAAGGAUGGACUGCAAAGAAUUACAGAAUUACAUCCAUGUUAUAUGUCUUUGCAAUAUCCAAAUAUCUUUGUGUAUGGGGAGGAUGGAUACAGGACUGAUAUCUUGCAUAGAAGUAAUGAAGAGUUUGACAAGUAUAGGAGGAAAAAAUUAACAAUGCGGCAAUAUUACGCUUUUCGCCUUCAGUCACGAAAAAAUGAGGGGAUGAGUCUUCUUAAAUCAGGAAGGUUGCUACAACAAUUUUUAGUCGAUGCUUAUAUGGCUAUCGAAGAAGAGCGUUUUCGGUGGAUCAGAUACAAUCAACCAAAGCUAAGGUGUGACUUGUAUUCUGGUCUUAUGGAUGCUGUUUCGCGAGGCGAUAAUGAUCCUAAAAGAAUUGGCAAAGGCAUAAUAUUGCCAUCAAGCCAUACAGGUAGCCCUCGAUAUAGAGUCCAGAGUUACCAAGACGCAAUGGCUAUUUGUCGUUGGAUAGGUUAUCCUGAUCUUUUCAUUACUUUCACUUGCAAUCCUAAAUGGCCUGAAAUUCAAUAUCUACUCGAAGAAUGCGGCAUUGACGAUGAGGAUAGUAAGGUCAUGGCGACUUGUAGAGUUUUUGAAAUCAAACUGCAAGAGCUCAUGAGAGAACUAAAGCAUAAGCAACAUUUUGGGCGUAUUGCUGCAGUUCUAUACACCGUCGAAUUCCAAAAGCGCGGUCUUCCCCAUGCACACAUUUUAUUGUUCUUGCAUCCAGAUGACAAAGAACCUACCCCUUCCCAUAUUGACACAAUGAUAUCAGCUGAAAUACCAGAUAAGUUCACUGAUCCUGACGGAUAUGAAGCAGUUGAAAAUUUCAUGAUACAUGGUCCUUGUGGUAUUGCAAAUAUCAAUUGCCCAUGCAUGGUCAAUGGAAUGUGCAGCAAGCGUUUUCCUAAAAAAUAUUCAGAGGAAACUAUGUUGGAUGAUGAAGGUUUUCCAAUAUAUAGAAGGCGGCAAACAGAUGUGUUCGUAGAAAAGAAAGGAAUCAGAUUAGAUAAUCAGUUUGUCAUCCCAUAUAAUAGAAACUUAAUUGUGAAGUUCCAAGGGCACAUCAAUGUUGAGUUGUGCAACCACUCAAGGUCUAUAAAAUACUUGUUCAAGUAUAUAAAUAAAGGACCCGACCGAGCUGCUGCCGUAAUUGAAACAACUUCCACAAAUGAAAAAACAACAAACGGGGGAGACUCAAUUACACAGGAUGAAAUUAAAAGCUAUCUUGAUUGCAGAUACAUUUCAGCUACAGAAGCAUGUUGGAGGAUAUUUGAAUUUGAUAUGUUCUAUAGAGAACCUGCAGUAGAAAGACUACCUUUUCACCUGCCUGGAGAACAAAAUGUGGUAUUUGGUGAAUGUUCAACUCUUGAUCAAGUUUUAAAUAAUCCAAAUAUUUGCAAAACAAAGUUAACUGAAUGGAUGAAAGCAAAUUCCUUGCAUGAAGAUGCAAGAACCUUGACAUAUAGUGAGUUCCCAAUGAAAUGGGUUUGGCAUGAUAAGGACAAAGAAUGGAAACGAAGAAAAAAUGGAAAAUGCAUAGGCAGAAUUUACUUUGCCCAUCCAUCGAGUGGGGAGCGUUACUACCUUAGAAUGUUACUUAAUGUCGUUAAAGGGCCAACUUCUUUUUCUAAUAUCCGCAAAGUGAACAAGACGAUCUAUCCUACUUUCAAAGCAGCAUGCUACGCUCUUGGUUUACUUGAUGAUGAUAGAGAAUGGACAGAUUGUUUAAUUGAAGCUUCAAACUGGGCAAGUGGGGAUCAACUACGCCAAUUAUUUGCAACAAUAUUGGCACACUGCGAAGUAGUUGAUGUCGCGGAAUUAUGGUCAGCCAACUUCACAAUUCUAACAGAGGAUACUCAUUAUAUAUUGAAAAAUAAGUAUAGGCUGGAGCAUUUGCACUUAAACGAAGAACAAAUAACCAACUUUGCAUUAGCCGAUAUUGAGAAAAAAUUGAAGCAAUUAGGGAAAUCAUUGUCUGAUUUCCAUGGAAUGCCACUGCCAGAGAGUUCAUUGCUAAACGAAGCAAAAAGUAGUUUGAUUUUUGAAGAGAUGGAUUACAACACAAUUGAAGAAGAAAAGUUGCACCGACAAUAUUCAUCGGGUUUAAACACAGAGCAACACAAAAUUUAUGAUAUCAUACUCGAUUCGGUCAUGACCAACAAAGGGAGAACCAUUUUUGUAAAUGGUCAUGGGGGAACAGGUAAGACAUUUUUAUGGAAAGCUGUAAUCCACAAAUUGAGAUCUGAGUCUAAAAUAGUGUUGCCAGUUGCUUCAUGUGGAAUUGCAGCCGUGCUUUUGGCUGGUGGCCGAACAGCCCAUUCAAGAUUCCAUAUUCCUCUUGAUUUACAUGAAGAUUCUAGCUGUGACAUCAAACAUGGAACUCAGCUAGCCGAUUUACUCUUGAAAACUGAUUUAAUCAUUUGGGAUGAAGCACCAAUGGCAAAUAAACAUUGUUUUGAAUCCUUGGAUCGAAGCCUUAGAGAUAUUUUUCAAACACGUUUCUCUGGCAGUGCAGACAGACCGUUUGGAGGCCUCACAAUAGUUCUUAGUGGUGAUUUUCGACAGAUUCUACCAGUUGUGCAUAAGGGACAAAAGUCAGACAUAAUUAAAGCUUCAAUAACUUCAUCAUAUUUAUGGGAAAGCUUUGAAGUUUUCAAGUUAACACAAAACAUGCGAUUGCUAACCCAUGACACAGAUUUGAGUGCUCGUAAAGCCAUUUUGGAUUUUGACGAGUGGUUGCUUUCAAUAGGGGAUGGAACGACAAAAGAUUUGGAGAAAGAUGAUUUUGUCACUAUUCCCGAAGAUAUGACAAUUUUUCCAGAAGAAGACCCUAUUGCAACAAUUGUGAAUACAAUCUAUCCAAAUUUAAAGUUUAAAUGCAUGGACGAUAAUUAUUUUGAAGACAGGGCUAUUUUGUGCCCCAAAAAUGAAGAUGUUUGGGCAAUCAAUGACUUCAUUUUGGACUUCUUGCCGCAAAACUCAACAACUUACCUUAGUUCUGAUUCCAUAUGCAAGGCAUCUUUCGGUAUAACAGAUGGAGACAUUCUUUAUCCAACAGAAUUUUUAAAUACACUGAAAUUUACUGGAGUCCCAAAUCAUGAGUUAAAACUGAAAUCCGGUGUGCCUGUUAUGCUUUUGAGGAAUUUCAAUCAAUCAUUAGGCCUUUGCAAUGGAACUAGACUUAUUGUCACCUACAUGGGAAAAUGGUUUGUGCAGGCAAGAGUGUAUUCUGGGAAGAGCAAAGGUGUCUCUGUUCUGAUUCCGCGCAUCAACAUGACUCCAAAUGAAUCAAAAUGGCCAUUCAAGUUGAAGCGAAGACAAUUGCCCUUAGCUGUAUGUUUUGCAAUGACCAUUAAUAAAAGCCAAGGGCAAUCAUUCACACAAGUAGGUUUGUUCUUACCGAAACAAGUUUUUAGUCAUGGCCAGCUUUAUGUCGCAUUAUCUAGAGUUACAUCUCGAAAAGGAUUGAAGGUUUUCAACUUUGACGAUGAUGUUGAAGAACCAUCUAUGGUGAAGAAUAUUGUUUAUAAAGAAAUAUUCACUUCUAUCUCUUACUCAAAUUAGGCAAGUAAACUAUCAGAAUUACCGCAUAUUUACUUUAAAUUCAAAUAAAGUUUAAGAUUGUAGAUUUUUCUAAUGUUUACACCUUCUUGGCACAGUACUUUGACUGCAAAAUUGGAAGCUAAAUCAGCAAAAUUGGAAGAUAGACCAUGAAAAUGGGAAGCAAAUGAAGGGAAUGACACAGUGAUGGUAAACUGCAGCACCUGUUAGAAAUGUGUUUUUGUAAUUUGUUUUGAUUGUUGUUUUACUAUGUUUGUGGUGAAAUUUGUUGUUGUUUUGAUCUGUUUUAACUAUGUAGAGUUUGCUUAAAUGUUGAUGGAUUGGUUUGGUUAGCUAUAAAUUUCCUUUUGUUUAA